AUGUCUUCAGACAACACAACCUUCGACAACGAUACCCUCCUCCUUGUCGUCAUCGCAAUGCUCAACCCUGUGAUCGCCGUCUUCAUGAUGAAAGGCUGUGGCAUCGAAGUCCUCAUCUGUACCCUUCUCUUCAUUGUCUUUAUGUUCCCUGCUUGGAUUUAUGCCUACUGGCUCAUCGCUAGCCGUCACAAGAAGAAGAAGUCUGGUCAGCUUGUCGUUGUCGGUGCACCUCCUCAAGGCGCUGCUGCUACCAAUGUUGUGGAGGUCAAGAGGGUUGCUACCAUUCCUCCUGCCGUGGUCGCCAGCAGUUCUCCUACCGUGGUUCAGGCUAUCGAGUACAAGGCCACACCAGCACUUCCCGCGCCUGCUCCAGCACCUGCACCCGCUCCGCCUACCACGGUUGUCGUCGAGAAGGUCAAGGAGACACCACCUCCUCCCCCACCACCAGCCGCACCAGCACCUGUGCCCGCACCGGCAGCUGCUGCCGCAGCCGCCGCUACGACUUCGAAGGAGGAAGUAAUUGUGGUCACGAAAGCUCCAGAGAAGGCUCCUGACGCAUCACCUGUUGUCGUAGUCCCAGCGGCCGCUGCA